AUGCCCGCGCUCGGCGUCGUCCGCCACGACUGGACGACCGCGCAGGUGGAAGCGCUGUACCGCCGCCCGCUGCUCGACCUCGUCUUCGACGCCGCCUCCGUGCAUCGCGCGCAUCACGACCCGCGGCAGGUGCAGCAGUGCACGCUCCUGUCCAUCAAGACGGGCGGGUGCCCGGAGACGUGCAACUACUGCGCGCAGUCGUCGUCGUGGAAGGAGACCACGGAGCUCAAGGCGGAGCGGCUGAUGGCGAUGGACGACGUGCUGAACGCCGCGCGGCGAGCGAAGGAGGCGGGCAGCACGCGAUUCUGCAUGGGCACCGCGUGGCGAGGGCGCGUGGGCAAAGGGCAGUUCCAACGCGUGCUAGACAUGACGUCCAAGGUGCGGGACAUGGGCAUGGAGGUGUGCGCGACGUUGGGGAUGCUGGACGGCGCGCAGGCGAAGGCGUUGCGGGAGGCUGGGCUGACGGCGUACAACCACAACCUGGACACGUCGCCGGAAUUUUACCCCAAGGUGACUUCGUCGAGAAACUACGAAGACCGACUCAACACCAUCGCGGCUGUUCGCGACGCCGGCAUCUCCGUGUGCUGCGGCGGCAUCCUCGGCUUAGGCGCGCUCUAUACACUGGCUGAGAGCGACCGCGCGUCGCUCCUCCGCGUCCUCGCGAACCUUCCGGAGCACCCCGAGUCGGUGCCCAUCAACGCGCUCGUGCCCGUGAAGGGCACGCCGCUGGAGGGGCUCACUCCGCCCGGCGGGUUGGAGAUGGUGCGCACACUGGUGCGCGCCAUCGCCGUCGCGCGGCUCGUCAUGCCGCGCACGGUGGUCCGCCUCAGCGCGGGGCGAAUCACGAUGGAUCGAGCCACGCAGGCGAUGUGCUUCCUCGCCGGCGCCAACUCCGUGUUCACCGGCGAUACGCUGCUGACGACGCCGAACAACGAGAAGUCCGAGGACGACGCGCUCAUGGCCGAGCUCGGCCUCGUCGGCAGGUGA